AUGAAAAAGAAUAACAAUAAGAAAACAACAAAUACGAAGGUUAAAGUCAAUCCAUGUUCAAAUGAUCGUUACUACAUGGAUUAAUCUAUUGAUGAAGAGGUCUACAUUAAAAAUAAUUAUAAAGUUGUUAGAGAAUUGGGGAGAGGUGGUUAUGGAGUUGUUUACAAAGCGUAUAUUAAUUAUUCUAACUAUGUAGUGUUGGAUUGAAUCAAGGUCAAAUUGAUAAAAACAAAAAAUAUGCCAUCAAGGUUAAUUUUUCUACUGUGUCUCCAGAGCUAAUAUUUGCUGAAAUCGGAUUUUUGAAAUUAAUUUAUGGCAAAGAAAAUAUGCCAUAAUUGGUUAAUUUGUUCCUUAUUGAUCAAAAAAUAUAUAUCGUCAUUGAGUACUUUACAUACAAACCCUUCAUUGUAUCACUCCUACUAUAUUUUAGACCUUCUUUGCUACUUUUGAUAUGAUGGAAAUCAGACGAUACUUAUAUGAACUACUUAAAGCCCUGAAUGUAUUGAAAUAGAAUGGAAUUUAUCAUCGUGACGUUAAACCUGGAAACUUUCUCUAUAAUCCAAAGGCAGGCAAAGGAAUCCUAAUUGAUUAUGGCCUAAGCGAAAUUGAUAGGUCCUUCGUUGCCAAAUUGAUUGAAAAGGAGAAAGAAUUAUCCAAGAAGGUAUGGAUAUUCUAUCAACUUUAAGCAUCCCCAAUCAGAUGAAGUCUAAGAAAUUAGAAGGAAGAUUAAUUUAUACAAUGAAAUCCAAAAAACUAUAGAUUAAAUUGGAAAUAAUAAAAUCGGUACAGAGAGUUUUAUGCCCUUAGAAAGCAUAUUGCAUUACCAAGUAUUUAUAGAUAAAUAACUAUUGAAGGAUCAAUCAUAUGAAGUGGAUAUGUGGGCUGUAGGAGUUAUAUUCCUACAAUUUUUGACCAAGAAGUACAAUUUAUUCAGUAAUGUCCGGAUGAUCAAUAAGCCUGUUGUGAAUAAAAACUUUUUUUAUGUCAACUUCAUACUAGAACUAGCUAGUUUGUUCGGUUCUGAAUAAGUGAAAUAGAUAUGUGAACAGUUUGGUAAAAAUUACAUCAUUUAUAUGAAAAUAGAAUAUGAUCUUAAAUUGCCUUCAGUUGUUGCAACCAAACCUGUGUAAUGGAAAUCAAUUAUACAUAUUGAUGGAUUUGAUAACGAUGCUGAAGAUUUGCUUUCAAGAUUACUCUGCUUAAAUCCAAAAUAGAGAAUCAAAGUUGAAGAUGGAUUGACGCAUCCCUUUUUUAAGCCUUUAUUGGAAUAAGAAAAACAAACAUAAACAAAUUUCUAAGAUAAUUAAGAAAUAAUGCAAUAAAAACUAUAAGAAAAUUGAAUUUAUUUGAUAUUUUAU